UGACCGAUGGCGGGUCCGCCCAUCGAUAUGAAGUGGCUGUGUUAUAUUGUGAUCAUUAUGUGUCUCAGGUGCGAAGCCGCUAAUAAACCGAGAAGAGGACGCGGCAGCAUGUGGUGGGGUAUAGCGAAAGCAGGUGAGCCGAACACCCUUUCGCCUCUUUCACCAGGGGUCCUCUAUAUGGAUCCGGCAGUCCACGCAACCUUGAGGAGAAAACAACGAAGGCUGGCUAGAGAGAAUCCUGGAGUGCUUGCUGCUGUUGCCAAGGGAGCCAGUAUGGCUGUAGCAGAAUGCCAACAUCAGUUCAAAUACAGACGAUGGAACUGUUCUACCAGAAAUUUCUUACGAGGCAAAAACAUGUUUGGCAAAAUAGUCGAUCGAGGUUGUCGGGAAACAGCAUUCCUAUAUGCAAUAACCAGUGCUGGGGUAACCCAUGCAGUAUCCCGAGCCUGUGCCGAGGGCGCGAUCGAAUCUUGCACUUGUGACUAUUCCCAUGUCGAUCGUGCGCCGCAUCGCUCCCGAGCUGCAACCGCAGCCAACGUCCGCGUCUGGAAAUGGGGUGGCUGCAGCGACAACAUCGGCUUUGGAUUCAGAUUUAGUAGAGAAUUUGUGGACACCGGCGAACGGGGCAAAACGUUAAGAGAAAAAAUGAACCUGCAUAAUAACGAAGCAGGCAGAAUGCACGUGCAAACAGAGAUGCGGCAGGAAUGCAAAUGUCAUGGUAUGUCUGGAUCUUGUACUGUGAAAACAUGCUGGAUGAGGCUACCAAGUUUCCGAUCUGUAGGAGAUGCAUUGAAAGAUCGUUUCGAUGGCGCUUCAAGGGUAAUGAUGCCAAACACAGAAGUUGAGGCACCAGUACAGAGGAAUGACGCAGCGCCCCACAGAGUACCCCGGAGAGAUCGAUAUAGAUUCCAACUUCGGCCUCACAAUCCAGAUCACAAGACUCCUGGGGUGAAAGAUCUGGUGUAUUUAGAAUCAUCGCCAGGAUUCUGUGAAAAGAAUCCUAGGCUAGGCACCGGGACGCAUGGACGGACCUGCAACGACACCAGUAUCGGAGUGGACGGCUGCGACUUAAUGUGUUGCGGUCGUGGUUACCGCACAGAGACCAUGUUUGUUGUGGAACGGUGUAAUUGUACGUUCCACUGGUGCUGCGACGUCAAAUGCAAACUGUGUCGCACAGAAAAAGUAGUACAUACGUGUUUAUAGAUAGACUCUUAUGACGCCUACGCGUAAGCGAUCUACAAGAGAAACUUAGUGAACUUGUGACUCGAAUUUGAGAAUUGUUUAGAAUUCGGGGGUAUAUAGAAAACAGUGUACAUAAAGCAUUAUCUUUUAUUCAGAGUCAAUGAAACGUAGUUCAUUUUGACUUAUGUAAAUAGUAUUUCUAUGUAACACUUACUACAUUUAUCCGCUGUGAAAUAUGAUGUUGUCAUCUAAUUAAUUUAUUUGGCUUUUAAGUGCUAAUAUGUGAUCUAGUAAAGUUUAUCGCUAACGCUCUGGUGGGAUACUAAUGAUUUCAGUUAACUAUCUAUUUAUUGUUAUCAACUCCCUAAGAAUAUGUACUGGAGUCUUUGGUUUCCCUCCGUGGCCAGGAAUGUACAUUUUAAUUUAAGAUAAUGCAACGUGACUCACCCGAGCAUAAAAAUCCGACUACUUUAAAUGGUAUUCUAUAAUAUCAUUCUAAAGUUAUAAUUUAUAUUAAUAUUUCCAUGAAGCUGUGUACUUCGUGUAAUGAUUUCCAGUUUUAUAUACUUUCUAUUUUAUAAAUGUCCGCAUCGGGUGUAUCGUCGCAUUAAGUGUUGUGAGACUCGAGAGCGAAAUUAUCUUGUAAUUAUAAUUUUAUAUUCAUUAUUUGUGAGGUUAAGGAAAUUUGUGACUAAACAGCAUUAACAUAAAGCAUUUUGUUCGGUUUCCUCUGUCACAGGUUGCACUCGGCCUUAUCAGGGAAUAAGUAGCGCCAUCGUAAAUGUGUCCCACAUUAUAAGAUAAACGCUCUCGAGAAUUUUAAUUAAAUAUUAAAUGAAUUAAAUAAUCAGUAUUAUACGUAUAAUAUUGUAUGCGUGCUGCGUCCGAUAUUUCAAGAUAAACUUGCACGUAAGCCCUAUUGACACUUGUUAUACAUUUUAAGUAACCGCUUGUCCUUUUCAUUCGUCCAUUAUUUAUUAUUUAUUUAGAAUCUAGUGUUAUACAAUUGGCUCAGGCCUUCCUCUCAUCACGCUGGCCCUGGUAAAUGAUGUAUGAUACAAUCCUGCCUGAAAUUAUGUAAAUAAAUUCAAUUUAAUUUUUUUACUUUUCAGUCAACUGUUAAACAAAAGACGUUAAUUUUUUAGUAUUACAGAUAGACGAUACCUUUCAUCAAAAAUUAAAAUCGACGGUUUAUAUUUAACAAUGAACCAAGUUAAUUAUGUGGUCACACAGUUUGUUAAAUGAGGACCUUUAUUCGUGGUAAUAUAUGAAAAUAAAUUAUAUUCCGUUUGUGAUAUAUAUAAGAAAAAUAUUGAGCUUCAUACAAAACUAAAGGCGUUUAUCACGCUUAUUUCAUUUGUAUUUUAGGUAUUGAUUAAAAUCUUAUACCUUAGUAUGAAAUUCGAAUUUAGUAAGUUUUCAAGUUAUGUCCUUAAGUUUACGUUGGACGUUAAUUAGCAUGUUCAUUCUCUCAAAUAAAAUGAAAAUGUAAUACAUAUUAUUAUAUUUUAGUAUUUAAAUGUAUUUAAACGUAUUUUAAAUUGCUUAUACAUGAAUAUAGAUCAAGGACUAAUACGAGUACGCAUGGUCAAGUUAACAAGGACAUUUUUUUUCCAUUUGUAAAUCUCUCGCGAUGAAAUUGUUUAGUUUUACAAGUGAAAAUUUGAAAAUAUGAGUUCUCAUUCAACGAUGCGCACUCGUAAUAGAAAAAAUGUUUCAGUAUUGUAUGCCUUGUCACAGACCUUGGUAUCGUCAAUGUUUAAGAUUUUGAUAUUAAAACUUAAUAAUCAUUAAUUUUGUACUACUUGCCCUCUGAUAUACCGAUUGAUGACGAUAUCUGUGAUACGCCCUUAUUUGUAACUCUUGGUAUAUUAUAGUACAUAAUAUUUUACAUUCGGCUUGCGGUAUGUAAGUGUCUGUGAACUAAAAUAUUGAUGAAAAGACUGAAUUUUCUCUUAAUUAUUCCGUUAUUGAUCACGCAACUUUUUAAUUAUGAGCAAACUAAUUAAUUAUAUUUAAAUUUAUUGCUGUCAUUACAACCAUAUAAUUCGAAACAUCUUUUAUCGGUGACAGUUUAAUUCAGUUUUUAAAAUGUACAUUUAUAAAAUUUCCAGUGUAUAAAACGCAUGUACAUUAUAUUAUUUUUUAAUAUUUUAUAAGUUAUUUAUGUGAAUGUGGGUUUUUUAUUGUUUAUAUUAGAUGAACAAUAUGAAUGAAAUCAGUUGAACUUGUCUGAAUCUCGAAUACUUAUUGUAUAGUGAAUUUACCUGUUUGAAAUAAUUCGUCCAAUGACCAUUGUUUGGGUUGACUCGUUGUAAUGAUAUUGGUUGUACAUUAGUAUCUAUUUAUGAUUAAAAUAUUGAUUAGUUGUUACUGAAAAUACAAAAUUGAUUAAAAA